AUGCCGUCCCCAAUGCCAACCACGCCGCCCAGGCCUCGUGUGAAUCCACGGCCCGCUGGCAGCGGCAGGUACAGCAGACAGACUUUACAUAUCACCGUCGGCCGAUCAAAAGAACCUUUUCACGUUCAUUACUCUCAUCUAGAACGGACCGCGUUUUUCGAAAUUCACGGUACCCCCGCCGCGGCGCGAUCCCGGGCUCCAUCUGUUUCUGGUGAUCGAAAUCCAACAGUCAGUCCAGAUCCCGUGAAGCAAGAGGAGGAUGUGGAUGCUCCAGGAAGUGACGCAGAUUCAAAUGCGAACAUGUUAGUGGAAGAGUCACCAUCUACCCCAGUCUAUCAUCUUGAUGGACGUUGCCAUGACCCUGCUUCAUUUGAAGUGAUUGUGAACUGGCUUUACAACAUAUCACCCAAGAAACCUGUUACGAGAAAUCAGUGCAGAACCCUCCUCAAAGCCUACGUCCUUGCGCUCACGUACAAGAUCACCCUGCUUCAAGAUGCGCUCAUCGACUGCUUCAGACAAUAUCAUCAGGACUACAACAUUGUCUUUGAAGAUUUAAUUUGGCUGGUCAAUAGGCUUGAAGAGACCCGAGAGGUAUUGACCGUCCCGAUGGUGAGAUACCUUGUUGACCAAAUUGCAUGGGAAAUAUCUCAGCAAGGGUACGCGACCUUCACGAGCCACAACAUCUUCUUCGAAACCUUCCUCAUAGAAGGAAAUCGCCCGAUUCGCAAGACGAUAUUCGAAGCAGUUGCAGAUCUCUUGAGACCAACACGACCAGGGGACCCAGCAAUCGGUCCAAGCCGGUACAGAGUGCAGGAUUGGGAAGCUCCACAGCAGACAUUGCAGCGGCAAAUCAUUGAACUUGAUGAUUAA